CCAGCCCCCUCCGUCCCCCAUCCCUUUCCACCCCUUCUUCCCCCCCCCCCGCCUUUUUGCUCCCUGUCCCGGGGAAGCUCCUCACUGCCGGUCCUCACACCACCUGGUUUGCGAACAGUUCCCCCCUUUGAUUUUAAAUAUGGCUGUCGAAGAGAACGUGUUCACUGUCAAGGCUCAGCCCUACACUCUCUCUUCCCAGAGCUGGGAGUCCGCCACCUCGAACAUCAUCUCGGUUGGCUUUUGGUUUGACCCCUCCGACAACACCACUCGCAUCGUGGCUAUGGACGGCGGUGUGGCCAAGAUCAACUCCCCCAUCACCCCGGGCAUGACCUUUCUCCUGCCGAGCCACACCUUCGGCCAGUGGUUCUGCGACGUGUCGCAGGUGACUCACGGCCUGAACUUCACCAGCGUCCAGGAUGCCCGCCAGUUUGCGGACUGCUUCGCUGACGCGGCCGAGGGUCGUAAGCCCACCGUCAAGGAUGGCGCCGCUCAGCCGGCCAUGAGUGCCCCUGCUCCGGGGAUGGGUGCCUCGCCUGAUGCUCACGGCAUGCAGCAGCCAAAGCAGGAGCAGGUCUCCCCCUCGGGCCAGGUCAGCUCCCUGACCAGCUCCUUCGGCGGCAUGCACCUGAACCAGCAGCAGCAGCAGCAGCAGCAGCAGCAGCCUCAGCAGCCCCAGCAGUCGGUUGGAGGCAUGGUUGACCCGGCCACCGACGCCCGGAUCAAGGAGCUCCAGGCCCAGGUUAACCAGCUCACCAUGGAUAACCAGGUCCAUGUCCAGGCUAUCGACAAGCUGAAGAAGGCCCUUGCUGAGAACACGGCCAACGCCAACCUCUGGCAGUCGCAGGUCGCCCAGCUGGAGGCCGCCAAUGCCGAGCUCAGCAACAAGGUGGCUCGCUUCGCCGAAUUCCAGAAGACCUUCGCCUCCAUGAGCAUGGGCUAAUUGCAUGUGUCUGCGCGCCCGUGAGGAGGGUGGACAGGCAUUCCCGCGAGGCACCUGUAUUCCUCCCCGCCCUCCCUCUCCACCCCUUUCUUCUCCAUCUUCGCCUUUUCCCGCUCUGAGUCGCGCCCCCCCCCCCCCGUUACCCGGCAUGCAGACACAAACACAUGUCCUCCGUGCUGCCCCUCUUUCACGCUCCUCCGCCCUUGUUUUGACAUGGAGUCGAAGUCCCUUGUACCUCCUUGUCGCGAAUGCCCUGCUGCUCUGCCUCUCUCUCUCUCUCUCUCACUCCGGUUCCCUUCAGACGCAAAUACCAGUUAUUUUUCAACAAAAAAGACCGCCUCCUCCGGCGCAGCGCCUGUG